AUGCAGAGUUUCUUGAAGAUGCUGAGGGGGAGUGGGGGCACCAGCCCACCCCUGGAGGAGGUGGUAACCCUCGCUGGCAGGUUGUGCCGGGACCUUCAAGACGACCUUGCCCAGGUGCAGCCCUUGGUCACAGCUGUGUUGGACAGCCAGCUCCGCCUGUACCUCCUUGACAACGAGGAUGUGGCCCUAGUGUGCACCCGAGUGCUGGUCCAGCAGGGGCAGUACCAGGCUGCCUGCCGGCUGUUGGAGGGGUGCCGCGUGCCAGGAGGCAGCCAGGAGCUGGUGCAGCUUUGGAACGACAUUCACUACCAUCUGGUCAUGAAGAGGCUGGGCGUGGCCACACUGACCCCAGUGCAAAAGUUCCGCUGCAGGAAGAGGAACCCACCGCCCCCCGCCCUCUGCCCUGAGGGCUUGAAGAGCAGGAACUUCCCUAGAGAGGUUCGCCAGAAGUUGCAGGACUUUGCCUCCGGAGUGAGCAGCAACCCCAGCAAGGCUGAGCGGGAGGGCCUGGCCGCGGAGACCAGCCUGACGGCGGAGCAGGUCUACAACUGGUUCGCCAACUACCGGCGGCGCCAGAGAGCCGGCCUGCAGCGCCCUGAGCCCGCGGGGGACACGGCCGAGGACCCCCUGCAGCCCUCACGCCACCGCCGCCCCUGCUUCGGGUGUGUGCACCGGCCUCGAUGGUCAGGUGAGUGGCCCCAGGGCCCCGGUGGUUGGGGCGGACGCGAGGAAAGCGGGCGUGCUUGGUCCUUGGCCACCACCCACAGUCAGUGGGAGCCUCUGGCCCUGGCCUCCGACUUUUCUGGAGACGCGGCAAUGCCAAAACCACUGAUUCCCAGGUCUCUGCAGGGUGCUGAGAUGUACCAGGAGGGGCCUGGCCACGAUCCCGCCGCUCUGCCCCCCGCCUGCCCUGACCCUGGCCUCGGCGCACUGGCCACCUGCAGUGACGCGCUGGACCCCUCUUCAGCUGCCCCCAGGUCCUGGCUGAUGUCCCUCGCGCUGGCGUCCUCCAGGGACGUUCCCUUUCAGACUGGGCAGCUGGUCUACAGUCCCAGACUGGAUUUCGCGAUGCCCCCCACAGACGCCCCCGUGGCUAUGUCCGUCGCCAUGCUCUCGGGGCCCAGUUCCACAGGCUUCGCCGACACACCCAGCAGAGACCCCCAGAGCACGUACCUGGAGGAAGGUCCGGGCACCAGCACUGGCCCAGCAGACGGACAGGCGGGCAGCUUCCUGGUGACGCGGCAGCCCCUGCAGGCUCCGGAAUUCGUCCUUCCGCAGAGCCUCCAGGAGCUGACACCCGCCUCACCUGCCUUCCCUGGCCCUGUGCCUGCUGUGGAGCUGAGUGAGCCCCCGCCACCCAGCCAGGUGCAGUGGGCUGACAGCCAGGCCUCCAGCGAUGCCUUCUGGGGGGCCAGGAUGCUCCUUGAGCUGUCGGGAGGCAGCCUGGGCUGA